AUGGGCCCCUCUCAGCACCGCCGAGCUGGACGGUUUUUCGGUGAUUCUCUUUUUUCUCAUCCUGCCAGCUUCUCUCCCUCCAGAGUGACAGAAACACCGACGGCAAUCCUUUGCCGCUCAUCUUCUGUCAUCGACCCAAACCCUCAUCGACCUCUCCAAACAGUUGGUGUAACACAGAAGUGCCUAAUUCUCGUCACAAGUGCGAACUUUCUUCAGACUCUUCGAGACGACUCCGUGGGAGGCGAUUUGUGA